AUGAAACAACAUAUGCCUAACAAGCCUCAUCGUUGGGGCUAUAAAAUGUUUCUUUUAGCUGGAGGUGAAAGUGGCAUUUGUUAUGAUUUUCUUUUUUAUGUUGACAAAUCUGAUUUUGAUACACAGGAACAAGGUUUUUGUACAAAAGUUGUUCUUGAAUUAUGUGAAACUGUACCACUUGAGUUGAACAAGUUAGGUAUUUAUUCUGUAGGUACGGUAAGAGCUGAUCGCUUACUAGGUUUGAUCGUGAAAGACGAAAAAGAUUUAUCAAAAGAAGGUAAAGAAUCAAUGGAUCAUCGUGUUGCUGGAGUUGAUGGUGUUGAAUUAUGUGCAGUAAGGUGGUAUGACAAUAAGACUGAUAAUUGUUUGUCUACAUUGUACGGUUGUCAACCAACCGACUUAGUUGAACGAUGGUCGUCAAAAGAAAAAAAUCAUAUACAAAUUGCACAACCAAAUAUUGUAAAAGCAUAUAACCAAUACAUGGGUGGUGUUGAUUUGAUUGACAUGUUAAUUUCAUUGUAUCGAAUUAAUGGUCGUUCAAAAAAGUACUAUACUAAGAUUAUCUUUCAUCUUAUUGAUCUUUCAAUUGUAAAUGGUUGGCUAUUGUACCGUCGCCAUUGUUCACAGCUUAAUAUUCAAAAAAGAGACACCAUGUCUUUAUUAUUGUUUCGUAUAAGUGUUGCUGAAGCUAUGCUUAAAUCUGCACCACCUACACCUUCAACAAAACGUGGUCGUCCAUCUUUAGAUUCAACAUCAAAUGAAAAUAAUCAAACAACAACAUCAAGAGCUGUACCAAAUUCAAUUCCACCAUCAAGUGUUCGACUAGACAAGUUUGAUCAUUGGCCUAUUCAUACAUCAAAAGGUCGUUGUCGAAAUUUUGGUUGUAUUGGUUAUACAAGAAUUUGUUGUUCGAAAUGCCAACUAUACGUCUUUGCUUGA